AUGUCGACUCAAUCGAAAAUUCCCUAUGUCCGUCUGGGAAAUUCUGGUUUGAAAGUCUCCAAGAUCAUCUUGGGAACCAUGCAGUAUGGGAGCUCUGAAUGGCAACAAUGGGUUCUUGGUGAAGAGGAGGCCAUUAAGCACAUCAAGGCAGCAUAUGACGCUGGUAUCCAAAGCUUCGACACGGCGAAUGUCUACUCCAACGGCCUUUCCGAGAUCAUCUUGGGAAAAGCAAUCAAAGAGCUCAAGCUCCCCCGCGACGAGAUCGUCGUCAUGACCAAGGUUUUUGGCACCGUGGCCAGGGAAUUUGGUACCAACCUCAUUGCUCAAGGCGUAAGCCCCGACUCCGUUGGUUAUGUCAACCAACAUGGUUUGAGUCGCAAGCACAUCUUCGAAUCAGUCAAGCACAGUCUGGAGCGUCUGCAGCUUGAUUACGUUGACCUUCUGCAAUGCCAUCGUUUUGACCCAGACACGCCUAUUGAAGAGACCAUGCAAGCUCUCCACGAUGUCGUGCAGGCCGGAUAUGUACGUUAUGUCGGCAUGAGCUCCUGUUAUGCUUGGCAAUUCAAUGCAAUGCAAAAUUAUGCUAUCAACAACAAAUUGACGCCUUUCAUUUCCAUGCAAAACCACUACAGUCUUGUGUACCGAGAGGAGGAAAGGGAAAUGUUCCCAUCCCUCAAGCACUUCGGUGUUGGAUCAAUCCCCUGGUCCCCUCUUGCGCGCGGUCUCCUGACUCGUCCAGUCUCUGGUCAAUCGAAGCGAGGAGAUACUGAUUGGUUCAUUUCUCGAUACUCUGAGGCUCCUGGCACGAACGAAAUUAUAGGACGAGUCGAAGAGGUUGCCAAGAAGCGAGGGAUCAGCAUGGCCCAAGUCAGUAUUGCCUGGAUUUUGUCCAAGGAUGGUGUUUCAGCGCCGAUCGUUGGGACGACGAGCUUGAAGAACUUGGAAGAUAUCAUAGGUGGGGUUCAUGUCAAACUAACGGAUGAAGAAAUCAAGUUCUUGGAGGAGCCGUACAAGCCGCAGAAUAUUAUUGGCCACCAGUGA